AAUUCACAAAGAAGAUUUACCCAGAAAAUUCUCGAAUUUGAAGUGUCAGUGUCGUUUUAUAUUUCUAAUUCAGUGAAUUUCAAGAUUCGGUCGUUAAAGUAAUUUGAGCAUUGAACAAAGCGUGUGAAAUAUUAAAACAUUGUGCAUUGUUAAAGCAAAGUGCUAAUCAAAUACAGUGCAAUUUAGCUAAAUUUUAUUAUAAAAAAAAUUAGCGUCAGUCAUGGAGCAGGUUAAUAAACUAAAAGAGAGGGGAAACGCAGCCCUUUCCUCGGGGAAGUAUGCUGAGGCUAUUAAAUAUUACACAAUGGCUAUAGAGCUGGACCCCGAAAACCACGUUUUGUAUAGCAACCGAUCGGCUGCUUACGCGAAAGCGGAAAACUACAGCGCCGCGUUGGAAGAUGCCAACAAAACAGUGUCUCUAAACCCUAAAUGGAGCAAAGGUUAUUCCCGAAAAGGCAGCGCUUUAGCGUAUCUAGGCAAGCAUGAAGAAUCGAUUGCAGCGUACGAGAAGGGUCUAGAAUUCGAGCCUGAUAACCAGCAGCUGGCGUCGGGGCUGGAGGAAGUGAAGAAGCAGGCAGAGGAAGCCAGGAUUAGAUUAGAAAAAAUGUUUAUUAAGUUACGAGCAAGCCCCAAGACUAGAGAUUGGCUGGAUGACCCAGAAUAUGUGGAUAUGAUUAAGAAUAUCAACCCAUAUGACUACCGAAUGUUAGAUUCCAAAAUGGAAGACAGUCGCGUGCUCACAACACUGAGUGUAUUGCUCGGUUUAGAAGAAACACCAAUGGACGUAGACCCAACUACACCAGAAGCCCCAGCUCCAAAGCCCAAAGCUGCUGAAGAGCCAAACAAGCCAAAAUAUGAGGAUUUACCCGAAAACCGUAGACAAGCGUUACAAGAAAAGGAUUUAGGCAAUGAUUGUUACAAGAAAAAAGAUUUUGACAAUGCCCUUAAACACUAUAGUAAGGCAAUAGAAUUUGAUUCUACAGAUAUUACAUUUUAUACGAAUAUGGCCGCAGUGUACUUUGAGCAGAAAGAGUAUGAGAAAUGUAUAAAAGAGUGUGAAAAGGCAAUUGAGAUUGGGAGAGAAAAUAGAGCUGAUUUUAAAUUAAUUGCAAAGGCUUUCACAAGGAUUGGUAAUGCUUAUAAAAAAAUGGAACAAUGGAAGUUAGCGAAAACAUACUUUGAGAAGUCAAUGUCAGAGCAUCGCACACCAGAGAUCAAGACUCUGCUCAGUGAGGUGGAGAAGAAGAUUGUAGAAGAAGAGAGAAAGGCGUACGUUGAUCCCGUCAAGGCUGAACAAGAGAAGGAACUUGGAAAUGAAUUCUUCAAGAAGGGUGACUACAGCACAGCAAUGAAGCACUACACAGAGGCCAUCAAACGCAAUCCAGAUGACCCCAAGCUGUACUCAAACCGUGCGGCCUGCUACACCAAGCUGGCGGCCUUCGACCUUGGCCUUCGCGACUGUGACACAUGCUGCAAGCUGGACCCCAGGUUCAUCAAAGGGUGGAUCCGGAAGGGCAAGAUCCUCCAGGGCAUGCAACAACCAGCCAAAGCUCAGAUGGCUUACCAGAAGGCUCUGGAACUGGACCCCAGCAACGCAGAAGCUCUGGAGGGCUACCGCGCUUGCUCCACACAGCUCAACUCUAACCCUGAAGAAGUCCGCAAACGUGCGAUGGCAGACCCCGAAGUCCAGACCAUCCUGCGGGACCCGGCCAUGCGCUGCAUCCUGGAACAAAUGCAGCAGGACCCCCAGGCCCUGCAGGACCACCUCAAGAACCCGGAGAUAGCAGCCAAGAUACAGAAGCUUCUCGAAUCUGGUCUCAUAGCCAUACACUAACACCGUCACCGUAAGUUAGGGAACCUGGGGUAUGUAUCUAGGGUUCAUUUAUAAGUAUGCGUUUAAUUAGUUGUAUACUUUUGUGUGUUGGAUUAUGAAUUCUCGGUUUUCCAAAGAUACCGCACCUUUGGUAAGAAAAGGGAAUAAACCUUGCUUCAAAUAUAUACUCACAAUUCAUAUAGGCACAAUUAUCAGCCCACUUUAAUAUACUCGCGUCAUAUUAAAGUGGGCGGAUACUUGUGCCUCUGAGUAUAGUAUGUGCAAAACUUUGAGUCUGUGCAAUACACUAAAAUAGAUCCCAGUCGGAUGGUAACAGACGGACAGACGCCAGUGACCUUAUAAGACCUUAUACGUUAGGAACCCUAAUAGUUGUGCAGUCCCAUGUUCCAAUGUCACAACAGACUAUAAAUUUAGCACAUACUAUACCUUUUUUAUCCAGUAGUAGUUAAACAAAUGCCUACCUAAUCUAUCCUAUCAUUCAAUCCAUCGCAACAGGUUAGAGCUUGCUUGUUUUAAAACACCCAUGUUGCAAGAAUCAGGAAAGUCUUCGGGGGGGAUUUAUUCCUCCCUCCCAAAAAAUAGUCGAGAAGUCUCGGUGAUACCCCUGUGUCUUGAAGAGCAUGCAACUAUCACUUUCGGUCAAUAUUGUUAAUAAUUGAUAGAUUGUAACCAACUUCAAAAAAGGAGGAGGUUUUCCUAGUUCGUCAGAAUCUUUCUUUUAUCAAACAAUUGCAGCUUGGUCGGUUUAAACACCAAAUGUAAAUUGAUCCUUAUCUUUGCCCUUUUCUUACUGAAGGUGUUGCCACAAGAUAAGAGGACCGUUUUGACAAAACGGUUCUACGGCUGGUCAAUAAACUAGCGAAAUUAGAUGUAAUUUUGACACACAAUAUGUCAAAUGUUAUAUUAAUUAUUAUGAUUUGAAAAUGCUUGUCUUGAUGUGAUUCUCCCGGCAGUAGAACUAUGCUUUUUACACCCAAUUAUUGAUGUGUGUUUACAUAUGUAAGUAUAGGUGCCGGCAAAUAAGUUGAACCAAAAUGAGUGUUGUCAGUGCAGGUACAAUAAUUAUAAACACAUGCUCUAUGGUGGCCCACAAAGUAAAAUAAUCUUAAAGCUUUUAAUUUGUCUACUAACAGUGGCGUGUUAGUGGUAUAUUAGAAUAAGAAAAAAUCAAUACAACCAAAACAUCAUUAUCAUUAGAAAUCCAUAUACGGCUGAAUGAGAGGGGUUAGGCCAAUCCACCACGCCCAAUGUUGAUUGGCAGACUUCACACACGUAGAGAAUUAAGAAAAUUCUCAGGUAUGCAUGUUUCUUCACCGGUUGUGUUGAUGUUUUCCAUGAAAUGGAGCACCGUAUUAAUAUGGUUACGCGUUACUGCGCAUGGUUCAACUUAUAGGCCGCCACCUAUAAUAAUGUGGAAAUGUAAACAAAUACUGUAAGCUAAACCCUUGAUAUGUGCCUUUAGGGAACGUCGAAUUGUGAUUGAAUUGGGGGAUUUAUCUUUUUAUUGAAUAAGUUUCACAUCACAAUAAUAUUAUAAAGGCGAAAGUUUGUUUGCAACUCGAAGCCGUCUGAACCAAUUUGGCUGUAAUUUGGAAUUGAGAUAGAUUAUACCAUUUUUUGAUGUGGGGAAAUCCUCAUGGAUGUCUCGCUAUGGGAAAGCUAGAAGGUUAUGUUGGAUGUUUAAAUUCAAUCGCAGUUUGACGACUUCUCAUUUUAAUGGAUGCACGCUCGUAAUAAAUAAAUAAUUAUUAUUUGUUUGUUUUGUAAGCAAUUUGUUGAAGUGCGUGAUUUAAAAAAAGAAAAGAAAAAGUUCACUAAUGAGGUUUUCCUUCUCUCUAUUAACGAUUUGGAUAUUAGUCUUUAGCUCCGACCUCUCGCGCGUAGUACAGGGGUGCCGACAAAGAGUAAUGAGAGAAUGAUAGUGGAAUUCAUAGACGUUGUAGGGGUAUCCCCAGGGGAUUCUUCGAGUGUCGAACUUAACCUCUAUUUGUUUGAUAAUUUGACACUCAGCGGGUGAAUGAUCCCCUGGGGGUGCCCCUACAACGUCCUGCAAUACCUGCCGCUUGUAUAAAACUGCAUGAGUCCAGCGAGGACCUACAUCAAAGAAGCCACACACAACGGCCAAUCACAUGGCCAAGUGCUUUAACGGCGGCCCAGAAGGAAAAAGAAUAAGAAAAUGUAUUUGCCGCCCCUAUUGGUAUAUAGGGGCUGCAGGGGGGGUUGAAAAUUACUGUAGAAGCGACUCUAUCGUUAUUUUUAACCCCCCCUGCCCCCCUGUACUGCGCGAGAGAGGACUGAGUUAACUUACGAAAAGCUCGGUAUUAAGUAAAAUUGAAACUUGAGAAAUACAAUGGGAAUGUAUACUAUACAAGUAUAGUGUUAUUAUAUACUACAAAAAUAUAGUUUUAGUGAUCUAUUGAAUUGGAAUGGACAAAUUUACAUGUCUACACAGCCUUAAGGUAUUGUUUUUUAAAGCUGUGACGCGUCCAUGAUUCAUGAAACUAUAUUAUACCAUCAAAGAUAAAGAUUAAAAUCGUCAGAUAUGCCAACGCCCGUUAUGCCAUGUCAUUGUUACCUACUAAUGCAUUUAUGGCCUCAGUGAGGCAAUUAGUGGUAGCUUGUUUAUUUGAAAGGUUCGGCGAAGGGCACUUUUAUAUCUCCGGUUGUAAUCUUUGACCAAAAUAUCAAUUUAAGCUUUAUGUGUUACUACAUAGUUACAGCUAACAAGGUUUGGUAGGAUUAUUGGUAUUUUUAUACACACAGACAUAAAAAGUCACUGCUGUUGAUUGUUAGCGAAGAAAGGCUUUAUCCCGCGCUAGUAUCUUGUAAACCAUUCCAAAGUAUGCUUCAAUAUAAAUAAAAAUGCUUUAGAUCCAUUUACACAUGAGGAUGUUUCAUUCGCAGUCGAAUAAUCGUUUUACAAACGUAUCGUAAUGUAAAUCGUGUCGUAAAGGAUAUUACAAUUGUUUGCAUUAAACUUUACAAUGUCUUUAAUGUCGUUAUUGAAUGUGGUAUAGUCAAUCUAUUAAGGAAAAACCAUUUGCAUAUUAAUUAAUUUUAGGUUAAAACUCAUUUGAUACAACGUCGGAGUAUGCCCGACUGGUUUCGAAUCCAUAUGGGGCCCUUAGACAUAAGCUGGUUCUUGAAACGCGGGCGCGUGUUGAGGAGUCGAGGGGUGGGGAGUGAAGGUUCCGUUAUCCAACGGUUCAUGAAUGUCUUCUUGAUUGUACCUGUCUUGUAAACAAAUCGAACCAACACUAUCUUGCUCAAAGUUUGUUAUUCGCCACAUCGAACCAAUAUAUCCAUUUGGAUAUACCAUUAUAUCCAUUUGGAUAUACCAUUAUAUCCAAAUGGAUAUACCAAUAUAUCCAAAAGCAUAUAUUGGUUCGAUGUCGAAGCUGUACAGACAAGCGUUUAAUAGGCUUGUUGGUGUGUAAAACUGUGUGUCUGCAGCGGUAAAGCUCCUUCAGUUUAUACACACAAAUAUGCAUGGACUGUCAUCUUACCAGUACAUUCAAAGCCAAACGUGUUUCACUGAAUAGAUUGACUAUAAAAAUAGGGCAACAUUCAUUGAAAAGUUGUACCUAUUGUAUGAUUUUUAAUUCCAGUCAGAUGACAAGUGCAACUGUCACUGAAAUGUCAUUUUACUGACUGGAAUUAUUAAAAUCGUACAAGGAUUAAUCUUACAUAUGAUUAUUAAUUCCAGUCAGUAAAAUGACAUUUCAGUGACAGUUGCACUUGUCAUAUUACUGACUGGAAUUAAUAAUCGUAUUAAAAGCUUUGGUAAUUUGGUUCAGUACUUAAUGAAAUUUAAUUUUCAUGAUAGUAGGUAAUAAGAGUGUAGCUAAUAUUUUUUUUUUUGUUGUCCCUUUUAUUAUCUUGUACGACUUUCUCGUAUUGUAUUGGAUAGAUUGGGAGUGAAUUAUCUUGUGUGUGUAAAUGGCUCUAUUGUAAAAUAAAACUUAUUUUAUAUGUUUGUUUUUAGGAAUUCUAUGUUUAUUUGAACUAUAAUGCAAGUAUAUGGCCUGCAUGUGCGAUUUUGUAAUUUAUUCAAUAAACAAAUAUUGUAGGCAUAAA